AUGAUUAUACUCCCGGUCCUCAGUUUCUUCAUAUUUCAAUAUUUGUUUGAAAGUUCGAUCGUUAGUGGAGGACUUGCUGCUUUAGUUGCAAAUGUGGUGCUUAUUGGCUAUGUGAUCGCUGCUUUCGUGGAAGAUACAUCCGAAGAAAGUCUCCAGGAGACAAAGAAGAACAUAUAG